GGGAGAGAGAGAGAGAGGGAGUGAGUCUACUGUGGUGGUGGUGUUAGAAAUCGGACGACAUGAGCUCUACAUGAAGCGCGUAAAAAUGCUGUAAGGACGCGUUGUCUUUCAUCCGUCUCAACUGAGGACGAGCCUGAAGCGGAGCUACAUCCUUCACGACCAGGUGUAACACAGUCUUAAGCCUGAGGGGGGCAGAAUGCCGGAGCAGAGCAACGACUAUCGUGUGGUGGUGUUUGGGGCAGGUGGUGUAGGGAAGAGCUCCCUGGUCCUGCGCUUUGUGAAGGGCACCUUCAGGGACACCUACAUCCCCACGGUGGAGGACACCUACCGCCAGGUGAUCAGCUGUGACAAGAGCGUGUGCACGCUCCAGAUCACCGACACCACAGGGAGCCACCAGUUCCCUGCCAUGCAGCGUCUGUCCAUCUCCAAAGGCCAUGCCUUCAUCCUGGUCUACUCCAUCACGAGCAAACAGUCCCUGGAGGAGCUCAAACCUAUUUACCAACAGGUCCUGGCCAUAAAGGGCAACGUGGAGGCCAUCCCCAUCAUGCUCGUGGGCAACAAGAGCGACGAGACCCUGCGGGAGGUGGAGACCAAGGAUGGUGAGGCCCAGGCCAAUCAGUGGAAGUGCGCCUUCAUGGAGACAUCGGCCAAGACCAACCACAACGUCACCGAGCUCUUCCAAGAGCUCCUCAACCUGGACAAGAAGAGGAACAUGAGCCUCAACAUCGACGGCAAGCGCUCAGGAAAGCAGUCCCGCGCCGAGAGACUGAAGGGCAAAUGCAGCGUAAUGUAAAACCGGGAGGGGAGGAAAGGGGGGGAGGUGGAGGUGGGAGAGGGGGGAGGAAAUAAUGAAAUAGGAGGGAGAGGAAAGAAAAGAAGGGGGACGAGAGAAAAACACAGACUCAUUAAACGUUAUCACUCGGAGCUAAAUGUCUGGAAGGCCACCGGGGAAUCUCAUCAACCACAUCCUCCUCCAUGUGACUGGUGCAUUCACAAACACAAAAGUUCCAUGCUGGAAAAAAAUAGUGGAUUGCAGCUCGGAGCUUUACAUCCACGUGCAUUCUGAAUAUCGCAAAUUAAAAGUAAGAAGCGUGUGUCGCAGAAGAAAAGCUGAGGUGGAAACGGCACUGGGUGUGGACUUCUGCUCACGGAGACCUUGGACUGCGGAAAAGAACACAGACGACAGCAUCCCCUCACCAAACCGAAGGAUCUACACUAAACAUUUACUCUCCUCCCUCCCUUUCCUGCUCACACCUAAACAUCCCAGCUUCCUCACCACUCACCCACCUCCUAUUAUCACAGCUACAGAGAAACUAAAUGUGUAUGUAACAGAGUCGACAAAGUUAGUUCAAGCCCUAUUUUAAGAUACACACUGUAGGAUUCCAAGGUGUGAGACUGCAUCUGACUCUGAUGUAUAUAAACAUGGGAUAUUUCAAUUAUUCCACUAGUCUCCACGUGCCCCGCCCCAGCUAUCGUAUCAGUCACAGAAGGUCAGAGGUUAAAUUUGUGGCGACAGGACAAAUUCACCCAUUUUUCUCAUCCCGCCUGGAAGACGAAAAACUCCUCGUUACAUUUGUCAAGUUGUCUUCAGAUCAACAAUCUCAUGCGCAAACCCUCCUCAUCCGAAGUGGAGAGGCAUCCAGCGGCCGUGCACGUGCCACCGACGCGGCACAGCGACGUUUCUGAGACUUCAUCUAGUGUUGAGUAAUAACUGUGGAUGAAAGGGAAGCAGGACUCUCAUCAAGAAAACAUACAAAUCUGCCUUGAGGACGAUACACUUGGAUAUUCGUUGCCGAGCUAAUAAGACGAAAGCGAACCAGGAGGAUUUUUUUUUGGUUCUGUGGAAGAAUGUCCGUUUGCUUUGGCACUUUUCAUGUGAAGGUUUCUAUUUGUUUGCCUUUUUUUUUCUUCUUGUUUUAUGAUGCUCUUUAAAUUCAUGUAAAAAAACAAAACAGAAAGCACACAGAGGAAAAAAACAAUACUAAUGUAAUGGAUGUAAAAGUGCAGAUUAUUGAGUGUGACCUGAAUCUGUAAUUCUGUUUCCUCUUUGUUUUUGUUGGUCACAUCACUUCUCAUGCGCUUAUUAGGAAACAGAAUGGGUCAAACACACACACAUGCAUAUUUAAACACACAUAUAGCAUGCGCCUGAAUGCAUUCAUGCAAGAGUUGGAAAAAACACACACGCAUAGCUGUGGUUUUCACUUUGAGUAACCAUUUGAUUUGAUGGAGACAAGCAGGCCUCACUCAGCCUAGAUGCUCUCACAUUGCUCUUAAUAUCAUACACACACACAAACAUGUUUUGCCUACUGUAUGUUUUAAUGAUCUCUGCUGAACACAGGAUAUGUCCAAAGUGCAUAUACACACACACAGACACACACCUUCCUCUCGUAGGAGCUCUAAAACUUGUACUCUUUGUACACUGGACAGCUAAAAGCACAAUACUUUUUUACUGACACAUCUGUUUGUUUGUUUGUUUGUUUGUUUGUUUGUAUAACAUUUUUGUGUGCGUUUCUUUUUUUUGUACACGUUUUUUGAAUUUUUUUUUGUCUCGUCUGCUAUUUUCCAUCUCUAACAUUUACCCUCUGGUCCUGAACGUGGAGGAACAAUCAUCAUCAUCACCACGAUCAUACGUAGCUCUGAGUCUCGAUUGUAAAAUGUUUUAUUUCAUCAUGGCACAACAAGGUUGCGGUUCUGCUGAACAACAGGGUAUCGUGAUGUCAUCCGUGAUUCGCUUUUGGUCGUGAAGAAAUACGUGCGUGUGACGUAACCCCCUGUGUACGAUGGCCGCGGAGGGUCCGAUUAAUUGUCCACUUCUCUCCAUCUCUCAGGCGGUUUUAACAAACGAUUUGGAGGAUAAUCUGCUCCUGUACUGUUGAACCCAAAGACACAGAUAAUGCCCCUUUUAACCGUGUGUUCAUUUGUCUGGAAAAACAAAAAAGAAACUACGAAAAGAAAAAGCACAGCAACUGUCGUCGUCGUCGUCGUCGUCUGUCUCCCUCUGUCUCUAUGUGUGCAGCAGAAUCAUCAACUGGGCACUUUAGGGUGACAUUUUACUUGAAGACUUGCUUAUUAAUCAGCACUGCCUCAUUUAUAAGCACCAUGUAAAAUGCCCCUCCUUCAUCACUCAUGCCCACUUUAAACUAUUUCAAAUGUGUAGUUACUGUAAAUAAGCAUAAGGUAGUUCAACGACACGUUAGGAAGAGCUUCAAGUAAGAUGUUACCCAUGUAAAGAAAACCUGUACCCGCUGUCUUUCUGGGAAUAUGUCCUCUGUAACCAGGAAAUAUUGUUACAGUAGGAGGUUCAAUGUUGCUAUAUACUGUAAAAUACAGCUUAUUAAUGAUGCUCAUGAUAUAUUGUAUUUGACACAUCCACUCUUCAGAUCAAUCGGAUAAUACUAGCAAAAUGUGAAUAUGUAACUAAAGGUUCCACUCCAUAGCUUUUACUUUUUUAUUUUCCAAGUUGACAAUGAAUCCGUUGUUAUGGACGUGUUGUGUUUUGCACUAAUGUGAGGUCCUGUUUAAAAGCAUUGUAAACACACCCUUUACUUGUUAGACACCAGGGAUGCUCAUUCGCACGCUUUCGUUUUGUCGUUUUCCACCGGGUUAUAUUUCAGAAACGGGAGAUCUGGGUUUGUCUUGUGCUCGUUAAGAUGGAGUAAAAAGCAUUAAAGCUAAAAAAAACAAACAAAACAGAAGCAACAACAGCUGGAAAUAACAUGUAACAUCCCUCAGACUCGCCUCUGGUCUGAUCUGAUGUGUAGCUACCGGCGGCAGGGUUGCACACGCUGCAUAAAUAUCAGCUUUACACGUCUGAUUGCCUCACGCAGAAUGGCAGAUUGCGAGCGCAUGUUUGUGCAAUGUGUUGUUCUGCUGACGUCUAUACAGGAGACUGUCGCUGCUCAUGUUCCUGCGUGGAAUAUGAUACAGCGGGGCGGAAAAACAAUGAGGCAGCGUUCGAGAGCGGCGUGCGGACAACAAGCUGGAGCGAGAGGGAAGGGGGCUAUUAAUAGAAGUGGUGUGAAAAUGUGGAGAGCAACUGCACCAACCGUGGCCUGUGUACGACUCGUGUGUGUCUGUGUGUCUGCUGAGUUUCCUCACAAGGCUUGUCUCAUCUCAUUUGACAAUGAAGCAUAUUCACUGCUGCUGUGUGUGUGUGUGUGUGUGUGUGUUUUGUGUGUUCAACCAUGAAUGAGUACAAUCACCUAUUUGCAUAUUUUGUCUAUCACUCUGGCCUGUAUAAGUUUGUGUGUGUUUACGUGUGUGUGCGUGUUCGUGUGCUUGUGUGCGUGUGUGUUUACGUGUGUGUGUGUGUGUGUGUGUGUGUGUGUGUGUUGUUGCACCAUCUUAUCAAGUGUCUGUCAGAUGUUUGAAGCUCCUCCUGUGGAGAAUGCCCACACAUUCAGCAUGAGUCAUCCUGCACUGCUCAUCACACACACACACACACACACACAUAUGCAGUUGUAUGGAAGCUGAACAUAUAGACUUCAUGCACACUUACACACACACACACACACACACACACACACGUUCUAUUCACACAGGCCUCAUCACUGGCUGUUUUCCUGCUCGUCACUCUCGUACACGUCGCCUCUGCUUCUCUGUCCGCUCCCCUUGAAACUCCCGAGUUUCUUUCACUUCAUUCCCUCCCAUGUAUCUGUGAGUCGCUUGCACUUGAACAGACUGAAGGUCGACACUGCUCACGCCCGACUGUAGAUAGUUGUAAAUAGUGUUUAAAGGACUUCAUAUUUCAGAGAUCAGAGAGGAGGAGAGCGUGUGGAAGAAAGGAAGCUGUGGGUGGAAGGUUCUGCAUUUCUUUCCAUAGGGAAAGUGUCCAUUUGGAAGCUUGUACUUGGCUCCAGAAGAGAGCUUCUCUAUGUCGGCUGCCAUGAAAAAACUUUGGUCUGUUUCCAAAGUGUGCUAUAAUUUUCUCUGCAAGGAAAAACAACAAACUGGCCUUUAAAACAGGACAUUUGCAGAGACCCAAAGUGCCCAAUAUCCGAUGAAUGAAUAGGAUGAUCACAAAUAUAUAUCAACUAAUUCUGAAAUAAUCCAAUAAAUGUUCAAAACUCAUCCUUUCUUUCUUUCAUAAUAACAAGUUUUUGUCAUUUUUAUUUAAUUCCAGCAGGUUUUAUUUCUGACUUCUCUUAUUAUCAUUAUUUAAGUGUUAUUUUCCCCAGAGGUUUUAUUUUAUAAUCCCACUUUUCAUCACAGUCUUUGUUAAAGAAAAGAAAACAAACAAAUCCAGUGAUGUGAUUGGCUGACUGCUAAAUCAGACCAAAGCAGCAGCUAAUUACACAACAGGAUCUUCAGGUUUGCUCUGAACUAAAGUUGCACCGUGUUGGUGUUGUAAAGUAAACGCAGACUUUGGAAGAAGGACAUUUGAUCUUCAGAAUUGCUGGAAAGAAAUAAAAAUGUCAUGUUAUUGAGAAACGAAGCAGGAUAAAGUGGCAUUUGAUGAAACUGAAGCUGGAUCGCUACCAGGCAAAGUUCACCUCGGUUGUCCGUCGGCCUCAGAGGUCACAGGGGACAGGCUCUUACUGCAGAGGAAGCUUGGUUCACGUGUGUUCUUCCAUUGCAGGGUGGGAAACGCGACCAUGUGGCGCUGAAACAAGGGGUCGAGUGUAGGACCUGAAAACAAAAAUAAAACGCUUUAUUUGUCCGUCAGUCUCAUUUCUACCAACGAGGGCAGGUCACCGUCCUGUCAGAGGAUCUGAAGGAAAAUCAGCUCUGGAGGACUGAAACUGAAAGAAAUGCUACCACUGACCCCGUUGACCUCUCCAGCUCACCCCUUUACUUCUCGUCUGAUUGGCUCAGAGCCUCACAAAAACGUUUCUGCGGACGGGGUGUGGGGAAGGGGCGUAAAGUGGGGGUUUGUGGGUAAUGUAGUUUGGUACUAUCCUGUCGCUCUGGCUCUUCAUCCCUGCAUGGUCCCUUAUUGGUGUUUCAGCCAGCAUGAGAACAAGGACACAAACUGUGAAUCAUCUUUGUAUUUUUUAAAAUAAAUUCCUCAGCAGCAUUUACGGCUUCAGUUUUGCAAAUGGUUUAUUUCUUUUUAGCACUUGUUGUUUUUUGUAAAUUAUUGGAAAACAAAAA